AUGUGAAUAGUUCUAAAUAAAAUUGUACAACUUUCUUGUACGAUUGGGUUUUUACAGCUGUGAAAAAUUCUAUGUAAAAAGUAAAACAUGUUUGAAACGAUCAUGCGGAAAACCUGGGAGACUUCUUCAAAUACAACAACACCUGUCAGUGGUAACAGUGCCAUUGAGAUCCGUGAUGCCUUCAUGAGAUACGACUCCACAGCAGUGUUCCAAGGCUUGAACAUGACUGUCCAGCAAGGAACAAUUUACGGAUUGCUGGGUCCCAGUGGCUGUGGCAAGACUACCUUGCUUAACUGUAUCACAGGCAUCACAACUUUGCAUGCCGGAACUAUCUUUGUUAAAUGUCAACACCAGAAGCAGAUCGGCUACAUGCCACAGGAAACUGCAUUGAUGGAGAAGUUCACAAUUUCUGAAGUGUUGCAUUACUUCGGAAAAAUUUACGAAAUGGAUUGUGAUGAAGUGGAUCAAAGAGCUAAACUUCUCCUGAACCUAGUUGAUCUGUCAUUGGGGCAGUUCUACGAUUGCUACAUUACAUCCCUAAGUGGAGGACAGCUAAGAAGAGUAUCACUACUAGUGGCACUAAUUCACGACCCAGAUUUAUUAAUAUUAGAUGAACCAACAGUAGGACUUGAUCCUGUGACAAGAUGCAGUCUGUGGAAAUAUUUCUUGAGGGCAGCAGAAGAACAAAACAAGACAAUUCUAAUCACAACACAUUACAUUGAAGAAGCAAGAAAAUCCCACCAGAUCGGAUUGAUGAGGGGUGGAGUAUUACUGGCUGAAAGUCCUCCAGAAAAACUUCUCCAAGAGUUCAAAAGCUCUUCAUUGGAGGAUGUGUUUCUUAUACUGAGUCAACACCAAAUGGAAUCCCCUGUAAAAAAGGUAUUUCCAAAAUCAAAGACAGCACAACUUCCAAACUUCACAAGAAAAAACUACUUUUGUAACUUCAAUAGGCUGUGUGCGCAGACGAUGAAGAACUUUUACUGGAUGAAAAGGAAUGCAUGGUUGUUGAUAUACAUUCUUCUUCUUCCCGGAAUGAUGUCUUUCUUAUUCUGCAUGUUGCACACCAACAAUCUUCGAGGCUUGCACAUUGCCUUAGUUCCAGAGGAUUUUUGCGCAAAUCACAUAAGUACAGAACCAAAUUGUAGUACUGACUACAAAAUCAGCUGCGCUUUCGAACAACUGAUGAAGGAUAAAGGCUUUAUUGUGAGUGAGUAUGCAGAUCUAGAAACUGGCAUGAGAGCAGUGGAAAGAGGUCACUCGCUAGCCGUUCUCUACUUCAGUCAUAACUACACCUCGGCCCUGAACGAUAUCUUCUCUAGUUCCUUCCAAGAUCCACCGACCAACGAGACUCUGAACGACUCUCAGAUCCAAGUCACAAUGGAUAUGACAGAGAAAAUUAAAGCAAGGCAGGUGGUAUCAGCGGUGGAGGAGACGUUCAAUGAUGUACAGACACAACUAAUUAAAGGUUGUGGCUACAAGACAGCGGCUUAUCAAAGUUUAGUCAGGGAACCAGUAGAAGUUUAUGGAGCCGACUCUAUAGACUUUGUUCAAAAUGCUCUGCCAGGUUUCUUAAUUCCGUUGGUGUUUUUCAUGGCUACUUCAUACACGUCUACAGCAGUAGCAUCGGAAAAGAAUACAGGAGUUUUUCAGCGAAGCCUUGUUUCUGGUGUAACCAAGCUGGAGAUGAAUCUAGCACACACAGUGAUCCAACUGUUGGUGUUGCUGGUGCAGAACUGUGUGUUGAUGGUGAUCAUUUACACCAACAUUCACAACUUUAUGCGAGGCAACAUACUGUUGGCAUCUUUCCUUGUCAUAUUGGCAGAACUCCAGGGGAUGUUAUAUGGUAUUUUUCUGGCUUCUAUUAUAAAGAAGGAGAACCACCUCACGAACACAACAGUGGGAACAAUUAUGACACUUUUUCUCACCUCAGGAAUGAUAUGGCCAAUAGAAGGCAUGGUUCCUGCACUCAAGUUCCUUGUUGACUACUCUCCCCUGACAAUCGCAGUCGAGGCUUUCCGCAGCGUCUCCAUCCGAGGCUGGGGUUUGGAUAAUCCCAGAGUGUUUUCUGCGUUUCGAUACAAUUUGGCAACCAUCGUAGUCAUGAUGAUAGCCAACAUCUUGUCUGCCAAGAGAAGCCAAGCUCAUUGAAAUUU